UGGACUAAUGGGUAAUUCUUCAGCCUCCUUCAUGGGAACCUUCCUGGCCAGCAGUCUUGGAUCACCUACUGCCCACCCACCACACCCAUCAGGCUCUGCUUCUUCCCCUUCUGACCCUGCCUUCCGUGGGGGACCACAUACUGGGACAUCACAGAUUUGGUUCCCCCAUUCACAUGAUGCAGCGGCAGGGUAUCCUCGGUUUUCAGGGAGUCUGCCCUCCACGUUCCUUCCCAUGAGCCACUUGGACCAUCAUAGCAACAGCAGUGUUUUGUAUGGGCAGCACCGCUUCUAUGAGACGCAGAAAGAUAACUUCUAUCUGAGAAGCCUGCCUUCCCAACCAGCUCUCCUGUCUGCUAACCCUGGUUUUCCUGCCAUGUCCAGAACAGCACCAGGUCACCCAUUAGGCUCCUGCAGCCGGGAAAGGGACUCUGGAGGAGGAGGAGGGGGAGGAGGAGGAGGUGGUGGUGCCCUGCAUAAAAGCUUGAAAGAAGGUAGUGAUAGAGGGUUAGUUAUGGGCUCCAAGGAAAAGGAGCGUACCAGCAAGCAAGAGGCUAAAGAAAGACACCACCACCACCACCACCACCAUCACCAUCAUCAUCAGCAGCAGCAGACACAACAGACAACACUGGAAGAAGAUGGCAGUCGAGCACUGGAACGUCAGAAAGCCAGUUUAAGUAUUGAGACUGGGAAUUGCAAGGAGGACCCCCUUGGCCGGGGAAAACAACUCAGUGCCUGUUUGAUGGGUGCUAAGAUGGUCAAUGGUGAUUCUGGUGGUGGCAAGGUGUCACUGUCCAGCUGUGGUGGAGGUAUUCACAGCAGACAACUGGGAAAUGCCAUUGGUCGCUGUACAAAAGAAUCGGUUAGCAGCAGUAGCAGUGAGGUAAGGGGAACAGGGCUGCCACAGGACUGCCUUGAAAGCCGUCAAAUGCUCCAUCAUUCAGUCUCCUACAGCGUUCCUCCUCCCUUGACCUUAAGCUCAGGGGCAGGAGCUGGUGCUGCUGGGACCUUCCCCUGCCUUCAGUUGCACUCCAGUCACCACCACCACCAUCACCCUGAAUUCUACUGCCCACCUCCACUGCCCACCCCUUGCACUCAAGACAAGGGGCCCACCCCUGGGCGAGAGCUAAAAGUAAUUGGGCCCACCUUUGUGCCUUCUGUUGGACACUCGGGGGACAAACACUGUGGGCCCUUCCAGCUUGGCAGCAUUGAUUGCCGGGCAGGAGGUACUGGUACCAAAGACAGGACUUUGGAUAAAAAUAACAGUGGUAACAACAAUGGCCCCUCUAACAGUUGUCAGAGAAAGCAGCAACAGCAUCCACCUUACGGGAAGGCAGAUAAACCUCCAGAUUGGCUUCAGAGUCAACACCAGCACUUACAGCACCAGCAGACACCUCAAGGAACUCGAUCCCGCAGUCUGGAAUGCAUUAGUAAUGCUGAAUUAGAUUUAUUCAGGCCUUCGCUACCCCAGGGGGCAAAGGAUAACCAUACUGGGAACCACACGGGAAACACUUCAGGAAAAAGCAUCCCAUACAUCAGCACCCCACCCUUCCGAGACUGCUCACAUUCAGGCGCACCUCCUGCCCCCUCAGCUCAGGCACUGGAAGUGUUGUCUUCUUCCAACAAAGGUGGCCACCAGCAGGGAGGCACCAAUGGUAGUGGAUGCACUUUAGAGCGGGGUGGGCAAAAAGUGGCCCGAAUCAGGCACCAGCAACACAGGCCUGCGACGGAGUCAGGAGGUGAUCUGACUCCAGGCAACAAUGGGCAGGACAUAAAGCGAAAACUGGAGCUGACAUCUCUGGGAUACAGUAGUAGUGCACCACAGCAUCUACCCCCCUGGGCCGUCCGUGGACACCAGAACCAGGCAGAGGAUGAGCAGCAGAGGAAAGCCUACUUGGAUCCUUUCAGUAGGCAGCAGAAUCAGCCAAAUGGUCAGCCGGGGAUGUCACAGAGCCCUGGUCAGUCAGAGAUGCAAGGCACACAGGGUGAGUCUUCUGCCAUGAAGAGCUUAAUCAAGUAUAGCAGCCAGCACCAGCCUCUGCUGCUAUCUCAGAAGAGCCCCUUUGGAGGAUUAGGCAGCCUUGAGGCUUCCAACAGGAACAGUAGUGGGGCCAACACAAAUGGCAACAGCAGCUGUGCCUUACAAGAAGCAAAGCAGCCAUUGCCACCACGGAAAGCACUAUCUAAUGACCCUGAGCGACCAGACUGCAGCGGGCGGAGUCGUGACACAGCGGAGAGUCACCAUGGCGAAGGGGAGGUGCGGCAGCCACCUGUAGGCAUUGCUGUGGCAGUGGCUAGGCAAAGAGAGCCUCAGAGCAGACCCCCUGACAACCACUCUGGCCACAGUCGGCAGGGCAGAGUGAUGCCAUCCAUGAAAGGGAUUCCUCGUCCCAUCUUCCCUUUGGAUGCAGAGAAUGAAGAGGAGAGAAAAAGACUUCCUGAUGAUCAGCUAGGACUCUCCUGCCUUGACCGAGAAAGGGAUUUCUUUGUCAGGGAGAACAAAGAGAGAGUUGAAUUUGCCAGAAUCCAUCCCUCCAGCAACUGUCAUGGAGACCUUACUCCACAUCUUAUGGUGCCAGGAGGGGCUUCUCUGCAAAGCAGCCAGUUGGGAGCUGAACCAGCAGCACACACCCAUCCUGCCCACCACCACUGGAUACAACGGACAGGAAGUCCCUCCUUGUGGAUGACAGGUCACACUUAUGGAAUUAGCCAUGCAGCUCUUCACCAGAAUCUACCACCUGGUUUCUCAACAGCAAUGUCUAGUCCCCUACAACCUGUCCUGCCACUGCCCCAAGAUCCAUCUGCUCAACUGGUUGUGCUGCCAACAGAACCCCCCUCCCACUCUGCUAAGCAUCAUCUGGAUGUCAUGGAGCAGCCAUCCCUCUGGCCUCCGAUGUAUGGAACCCGUGGCCCUGGCUCUCACAUGCAGCACCCCGCACAACUUCCCACCAUGUACUCCCGCUCACAGUUUUUGCGCCAGCAAGAAUUAUAUGCUCUACAGCAGCAUCAACAACAACAGCAGCAGCAACAGCAGCAACAGCAGAGGGCUGCACAAAAUGCAGACUUACAACAGCGGCAGAGUCACCUGCAGCCCCUCCGGAAACAAGAGGAAACCACCUUGGAACUUGAAGAGCUGCUGUCAGAGAGAAGUCUGAAACACACAAAGCCAUUCAGUUUUCCCACCACCAAAAAUAUGCCAUCACCAGGAGGUUGUGGCAACAGGCUUUCCCCCUGUUGCCCUUCGCCCUCCCUGCGGCCCCAUGCCAAAAGUAAUCCAUGUACACCUUGCCCCAUUCCAAAUCCCAGUCCUGCUACAGCACCCCGCUCUCCAGCUCUCAGUCCAACUCCAUCACAUUCCUCCAAGGGGAAAGAGACACAGGAAAAGAGACCUGAGGGACAGCCACCACAGGAUUACCCACAGUCCCUUGAACCAGACCUUCCACCAGGAUACACAUAUCCGGAAGUUGCCAUGAGUUACAGAAGUAGUAUGUCACCCCAAGAUAUUCGUGCAGCAGAACCUGAUGAAUUGGAGGCAAUGCAGGCAGAGCCUGAUGAACCUGUUCCCCAGUCCAUAGGUUCAGCAGAAAAUGAACUAAUAAAUGAGAAGGCUGAUUCCUCGAGAAUAUCAGAAGAAGUAGUAGGACCCAAAACCAUUGAACUUGGGCAAGUGGAAGUAGUAGGUAGCAGUGACUGUUGUGAUCCAUCGGAAAUGGACUCAAGUGGACUAUUUCACUGCCCUAGACCUGAAGAAGAUACCUCUAGUUUACCAUCGCUCAUUCCUGUUACUCCCACCUCUCAUUCCCAAGGACCAGUGGAGGUAGAAGACUCAGUGUGCAAACAGGAAUUUAGUCUUCAAGACAACGGACAGGAAGAGGAACAUGUAAAGAACAUACUGGAUGAAGAAGACAGAGAGAAUUACCAUCCUUGCACAAGUCCAUGCUCAGUAGGUGACACAAAGGAGACCUCUGAUCUGGAGUCAGGGAGAAAAACCCCUACCCCAAAAUCUGGGGAUCUCUGCAGGAGUCCUUUAUCACAGGAGGAUGAGCCCAAUCAUAGCAUUUCAGGAAGCGGGACAGACAAGGCAGUAAUUGUAAACUGGCACACUGUCUCAAGCACAGGCUUGGAUCUGUUGAUUGCAGCUGCACUCAAUAGUGAAGGAGAUAAUCCGUUGCUGACACCACCACAUUCCUCCAAUGCCAACAACCCAUCUGUAACUUUGUGUUGUCACCCCAGCCAUGGAAUAGCUUUGCUCAGUGCACUAGUGGAUCUGGAGCUGCAGCAGAGGAAGAGUGAGGCAGAGAGUGAAGGAGAGAUGCUGACCUUUGAUCUUCAGAACCUGGCCACAUUGGCAGCAGCUCGGUCUCUUGAGCUAAAUCCAGGAGAGGACAACAGUCUUCGAGCAUGGAAACGGUGUCCAAUUCGACGAGCUUUCAACCUACGGAAAAAAUGUACUUGGACUCCUCGUCUGGAACCAGUCUGUCCAGUAAAGGCUGCGAUUGAAGGAAUGGAUGGACAAGAGGUGGCCAUGAGGAUGAGGCUUGCAGAUCUACAGCGCCAGUACAAAGAGAAACAGAAGGAGCUGGCCAAACUGCAAAGGAGGCAUGACCAUGAGAAGGAGGAGACAUCUCGUAGUCCUGCUCGACGUGGACCUGGGAGGCCCAGAAAACGGAAGUCUACAUCUGGAAGUAUUAGCACCCCCACAGCAGCAGGAGAUAUGCCCUUAAAAGUCAAGUCAAUGGAGACGGGCCUAGGGUUGCUCUGUGAUGAGCUAAAGGAAGGAAUUAGUGUAAAGAGGAAGAAAAGGGCCAUUUCUGAUCAAGGAUUAGAGUGCUUCAGUGGCCCAAAGGUGAAGGCUCGCUGCAAGCAGAGUGGAACACAGAGGGCACUGAAUUCCAAAUUGGCCAGGAAGGUUUCGCAGCUCAAGCAGAAGGCUAAAGUAAAUCGCUGUGGCAAAGGAGAAGGUCCCUUUCGGCAAAAAGCAAUUCAGCCCCCUAGCACCUUACCUACAAAGGUAUCUCAGGGUCAGGGUAUUUCCCGAGGGGAACAGAGGCCAGCAGUGGAAAUGGAGAUUCAGCCAGGUAGCAGGAGCAGAGCUGAAACAGCACUAAGCACAGACAGUGCAGGUUCUGAUAAUGUAUCAGGAAGAAUGAUGUUUGGAAAAAAGUUGAACGAGAGGAAAUUUAGUCCAUCCUUGAGAGGAUCCUCCACUGGGCGAAUAACUCAGAAAGCCUCCAUCAAGAGCCUAAGCCUUCCAGCAGUAAGUGGAAAAUCUAAACAAGAAUCAGUCACUGGGAAGGAGACCUCACAGUCAGAGAGCACCUCUUCAGAUCAAGAAGGAGAGGAUGAAGGCAGUUGUAACAGUGACCAAGGAGAUGACAUUGGUGGCCUAACUUCCAGAUCCCUGGCCCUCAGCUCAGCCCUACUUGACCCCUCUCCUUCAUCUGUUGUGAAACUUGAGGCCAACCAGAAAGCGAAGAAAAAGAAGGAGAGACAAGGGCUUUUAGGAACAUUGGAUGGAGAAGGUGAAGUCAAAGUUAGAAAGCGCACACCUGCAAGGAUGGAGGCGGUAAAGAGGAGGAAUGAUAAUAAAGUACGGGAAACAGAAAAACGUACAAAAUCAUUCAGGACACAACAAAAGUGGUCAGAAACAAACUCCAGGGGCUGUCAUCGGGCUAGUAGCAGGUUGCACUGCACUAGCACUGCAAGUGAGAGGCUGAAAAGGGCAACAAGGAAGAGCAAAGGAUCCAGCAAGCUAAAGAAAAGCAAUGAACCCGAAGGAUGUGUUUCCCCUCAGCUACUGGAUUUUAGUGGCAGCCAGGUCAAGAAGGUCAACAAAGUCAGGAACAAACAGCCAAAGGGCCGAGCAGUGAGUAGAUUGUUGGAAAGCUUUGCAGCAGAUGAAGAUUUUAAGAUUAAUGAAGAUAGCAGCUUCUCUGAAGAAGAUGAGCAUCUUUCUCUGAGCUCAGUCCACCAUCCAAAGAACACAACAGUGAUACCAAGCUGUACACUCACAAAGGAAGCCCUGGUGGAUGGCCUAAAAGUUCUCAUCCCCAAAGAAGAUGACUUACUAUAUACAGCAGUAGUGCGUACACUGCAGCUCCCUGAUAUCUACAACAUUGUUAUUGAAGGGGAAAGAGGUAAUCGUCCCAGAAUCUACUCAUUGGAACAACUACUGCAGGAGGCGGUACUUGACAUUCGUCCAGAGUCUGAACUGAUGCUGACAGCAGGGACAAGGGUAUGUGCUUACUGGAGUGAAAGGUCACGCUGCUUGUACCCUGGCUAUGUUCGUAAAGGAGGUCCUGGUGAUGAGGAGAAGGGGGUUGGUGUCAUGGUAGAAUUUGAUGAUGGAGAUAGUGGGCGGAUAUCUUUAUCCAACAUUCGUUUGCUUCCUCCAGACUACCAGAUUCAAUGCACAGAGCCAUCUCCUGCCCUGCUUAUUGCAAAUGGAACACGGCGAUGCCGAAAGCCCACUACAGAAAAACCUAUGCAUAAUGAUGCUUGCCAGGCAAUGGUCUCAGAGAGUCAGGAAAGCACAGACACGCAAAAGACCCAAGAGCUAAAAUGUGUCAACAAAGCCAAGACAGGCAAAGUGAAAAACACAGGUUUGGGAUCUAAGACAACAGUAGCAGGAAGCAUUUCUAGAAGUAGCAGUGUUUUGCUUAGCUGGCCAGAUGUUGUUCUUUCUAAAAAGAAAACACCACACAAGGUGGGCUUAGGACUUCCAAAUUUAUUCCAACUUAAUGGAAAUCCACGGAAACUGUCCAAGGGUAAAGAGAUUGGCUCAUUUCCUUUGCAUAUGCUUACUCAGCCUUCCUCAGCUCCAGCUAAGACAAUGUUUAGCAAUUCAUUCGAAGUUGACAGCUUCAGCAGCAUUGCUAAUGGAUACUCUAGUUUUGGCAGUCAGGCUGGGACACCUUUAAGUUCCCGUAACAACACACAAUCCCGGGGUAAGAGUGGACAGAAAAAUAAAAAAUCUGGUGGAGGAGCAGAGUUCCUUGUCAAGCUGGACCAUGAAGGUGUGACCUCACCAAAGACCAAGAAUGGUAAAGCACUUCUCCUUCUGGAGUCUGCAGGCACAAGUGGCAGAGUACAGAAGGGUUUUACAGCCAAAGCAGAUAUGGAUGCUUCACCUGUAGCAUAUACUCAUCCAGUACUUUUAGUGAAGGACAAUAAAAAGAGUGGUGAUGGAAGGGCGGACCUCUUUUUAAAAGGAACAGGUACAUUGCGCAAGCCUCCCCCACCUACUCCUACACUUGGGCUUAGUGAAUACAGUGAGUUUGGAAUGAACUGUGAUAGUGAUUGUCAGAGCUCCUACUCAGACAUGUAUGAAGAAGAUGAAGACAAUAAUGAUGUGAGAGCAGGGGACUUGAGGAAUGCUGGCCGCUUCCUAUCACGACUGUCUGUAUCAUCCACUUCUUCUGUUUCAUCUAGUUCCUCUAGUUCUGGUUCACUCUCAAGUUCUAGUCUCUGCUCAUCAGAAAAUGAUUCUUCAUAUAGUUCAGAGGAUGAAGAAGAAUCAACUCUCCUCCUUCAGUCUUGCCUCUCAACUCACCCUACUGUUCCAACUGCUCUUCUGUCACAUCCAGAGCCUUCCUCUGGAGCAAAUGCAACCACACAAAGGUCAUUUGUAGCAAAGGCCAUGGCAGUCACUGGCACCAAAAACACAUCCAAGCAACUCAGAAAGAAAGACAGCCUUGGUACUGCCCCAAAGACAGUAAAGGAGGUAACAAAAAAAAGGCUGCCCUCUGUAGACAACAGGCCCAAAAUCUCUGCCUUCUUGCCAGCGCGUCAGCUGUGGAGGUGGUCUGGAAACCCUACCCAGAGAAGAGGCAUGAAAGGGAAGGCCCGCAAGCUUUUCUACAAAGCCAUUGUACGGGGUAAAGAGACUGUGUGCGUUGGUGAUUGUGCCGUCUUCCUGUCUGCUGGUCGGCCACAUCUACCCUAUAUUGGUCGCAUUGAAAGCUUCUGGGAAACAUGGGCAAGCAACAUGGUCGUCAAGGUCAAGUGGUUCUAUCAUCCUGAGGAGACAAAACUGGGUAAAAGACAUAGAGAUGGCAAGCAUGCUUUGUACCAGUCAUGCCAUGAAGAUGAGAAUGAUGUGCAGACCAUAUCUCACAAGUGCCAGGUGUUAAGUAGAGACGAGUAUGAAUGCCUGAGCAGAAACAGAAGGCAUCAGAACAACCAGGACAUAUAUUAUCUUGCUGGUACAUAUGAUCCCACAACUGGGCAGCUAGUUACAGCUGAAGGAGUGUCUAUUCUAUGAGCCAGCAGAGGUUCUUCCAAAUUUACAAAGUGGUUGCUACAGGUUGCUUCUGGGAUUUAAAGAGGAUAUCCAGUAUGUGUUGCAAGGAAGCCAAUGAGCUGCAAAAAAGCAAAUGAUUCUUCAUUUCAAGCCAACCAAACCAUUCUGUCAAGGAAAGAGCAAAAUGUUCUGAGGAGGAAACACAUUAUGGGAUAUGAUGUAUACCUGUAUUUCACCUCCUACCAUCAUGCUGCUUUUCUGCACUUUUUUUUGUCUUUCAGGGACAACUUUCAAGGCUACUAGUAUCUGCAAUCCACAUUGUCCUGUUGCAAAACAACCAGGCCAUAGGCGAUUCAGUGACUAGACUGAUGGCAAUUAGCCAUGCUAUAUUUCUACUAUUUUGCUUUCUAGCCGAGGCAACCAAUCUGCACUUUAAUAGUGGCUACUCAAGACUGGAUUUCUAGAAUUAAACUAGUACACUAAUCCAUACCCCAUGGGUAGACCUGGGUACCUGGGCUGAAGCACUGUGGCCACAGUAGACAGCUCUUAAUUAUAAAUGCACCAUACAAGUGGUUAGGUGAAAAAGAAGUGUUCUUGGAGAAAAACAAAAAGCUUUUGUGGAUCAACAAAAACCUAUGCGUACAAGACAUCUUUUAUAUGAAUCAAUUCACUUUCUUAAAAAUGAAUCAUAAAAAGACUUUUCCCCCAAGCAGGGAACAAUGAGCAACCAAAACUCAGGCAUUGAGUUUCCAGUUCAUCAUCUCCCCCUUCUUCAUACCAGUUGGGAUUUACAAUGCUUCAUUCCAUGCAAUUUCUCUUUUUUAUCCUUUUUAGAAUCAGACAUGCAGCACUUGAACUCUGCACUUGAUGUGCUCCUUGAACAGGUUAAAAAAAAAAAGUAUACAAACACUACAGCAUUUUCAUGGUUUAGUAAAGCAAGAAAUCGCCUCCAUAAUUUUUUGUUUUUUUAUAGUGUCAAAAAUAUCUUCACUCUUCACAAAAUCGAUGUGAAAUCAAGUUGCAAGUUAGCAAGUGGCCAGAGAACACAAGUCCCCAAGCUGAAAAUUCAACUAACUCACCAGGAAAACUGGAAGCUGAAAUAUAAUUUAAAAAAUGGCAGCCAAAAUAAUGAGUGUCAUUUUCUUUCAAAAUGUACUCUUCAAAAAAAGUGUUUUACAAGCAACAGGUAGGGUUGUAAACAUGACAUGUACAGCUGGCUAAUUCUGAGACAACGCUCAGCAGCCUUUAUAGGAACUCAGCUGCAUAAUGAUGGGUGAUUUAAAAAUAAAAAAGGGGGGUGAAAGGAAGUAAAAAAAAAAAAAAAAUGCAGGGAUCAUUUUUAUAAAACAAAAUGUGGGAAACACAGUUGGCAAAAGGUGUAUGGUAUUUUUAUUUCAGUUACAAACAUGCUCAGCAGCCGCAUCACUAACAGCACAUUAUCUGAACUCACAGUUUUAAGUUCAUAACCAACAAUUCAUGUCAGUAAAUUUUGGAAUUUAAAUGAGUAAGAUGCAUGUUCACAAGGCAAAAAAAAAAAAAAACAAACUUGGGAGUUUCAGGUAGUGUUGUGUUUACUUUUGAUGCUUUCUUUUUUGCUUUCUUGUGAACAAAGCAGAAGUUCACCAAACAAAUAUAAAUUCAGAAAUAUUUAUUGACCUCACUUUAUUCUUUCCAGGGAUUUAUUUAUACAUUUAUUAUCCUUUUUAACUUAAAAGGAACAAUUCUCCAGCAAAGCCAUAUGUUUCAGUACCUCUGCUUGCUUUCUGAAGCAGGCAUAAUUUGUAUGUUGGUGAGCCUACUUGGGCUGAAUGGUCAGUGUUUUUUUUUUUUUUUUUUUUUUUUUUGCUGCUGUGUGUGUUUAGAAAAGAGCAGACACACAGAUACACACACACUGGGGAGAAAAACAAGCAAGCACUGUAUCUCCCAAGUUGUGAAAUGAUGUAAAUAAGAAAUUUUAAAUGAUGGCUACAGACGACUUUGCUCAGAGGCGACUAACUCAUACCAAUGCCUUGUGGGGGUGAGUGAGAAAGCCUCAUGUUGAAAAGUUGGGCUACAUUUAUUUAUUUUCUUCUAAUUUUAAUGAAUCCGAUGUAUUUUCUGGGGACACAUCCAGCCUUCUGCUAUGGAAUAAGUGCAGGGAAUUAAAAUUGUGUAUGUAUUUGGUGAAUGGGUAUAGUGGGAUUUUGCUGAAAGCAGGGUGUGUUCAGUUGAGGCGUAUCUCACAUUAAGUGUGUUUCUACUAUAAAAACAAAAAAAAUGAAAAUUAACAAAUGGGUCAAAUUGUUUUAUUUAUUUAUUUUUUUAAUAUAUAAAUGGGGGUGGACUAUAGAGAGGUUGCUUGUUCUUUGCUGUAAAUACAGGAAAACGUGCCGCAUCGCAAACCAAAGUACCUUGAAAAGGUGAUUUUUCUUUUUGUUUUUCUAGAAAAUGUAUUAGAAAAAAAAAAAAAUAAGGAAUCCAAUCAUAAUUCUUGUACCGGGACCCUGCAAUGCAAUUACCUGACUAGAACUUUUUUGACUCAUUAAUGGAGUGUGAACAUGCUGUGCACAUGCACUCUUCACACUUAAGGCACCUUUAUUAUAAAUGUUUCUUGUGAUGGACAAUCAGAUUAUCUUCUGUUUUAAUUCAAAGUUUUUUCUGUCGCUUGGUUUGCCAAAAGCAAUUUUUUGCCAUUU